AUAUUUUUAUAAAGCUUUGCCACAUUGUCCGUACGCUGGAUGUUAAAACUCAAUGACAUUGUAAAGCAAACAUAAUGUCUUAUCAAAAAGUAAUAGCAAAAAUCAAUGAGAACACUUACAAGUGCACUGACUUCUAUGACUUUGCCAAACCUUUUGAAGUUUAUGAGAAAAAACUAAAUGUGGACGUCACUCCUCUAUUAGAAGAAAUAGAUUUUUAUAAAGGUGGAAGAAUAAUUAAAUAUGAAUAUGUACCAGAGUCAUCUGGAUUCCAAAAAUAUCUGGGGAGGGAAAGAGAAAGCGGGAUCAGAAGAGAGACUCACCUUGUCGAUCUGUUUAACAACUUCAAACAAGGUCAUAUCUGUUUCGUGGGUCCAGCGGGAUCUGGCAAAUCCACGCUCAUGAAAGCAACAUCGAGAAAUGCCAUGCAGGGAAAAUAUUUUCAAGGAACCAUCAAGAUGGUUUCAUAUAUACAAUGCAAACAAUUUAUAAAAAACAGAAAAGUAACAGCAGGUGAAUUAAUUUUCAACGAUCUCCCAAAAGAAGAAAGAGGUCAAGCAAUUGAUUAUGUAAAAACCCACCCAGAAGAAGUUUUGUUUAUGCUCGACUCCUUGGACACUCUUCAAUAUACAGUGGAUGGAGUUUAUGAAAUCAUCAGCCUAGAUGAGCCUACAUACCCGGAAGUUAUAAUAUGGAAUUUUCUAACUGGAAAAUUAUUUCCUGGCUGUCGCAUUUUAUCGUCCAGUCGUGAACAUUCCAUCAGAAAUUAUUGGGGAGAAGUUCGACCAGACAAGGUCAUUGCACUUGCUGGAUUAACAAUGGAGUCGAUCAAAGAAAUUAUUUCUGGAUAUGAAGGAAAUGUAGAAGCAGAGAAAAUAAUGGAAUUUCUCAAAAUCAAAGCUCCAUUACUCUUGUUACUGUGCACCACACCUGUGAUGCUGGUUUACACGCUGAUAGCGUUGAAAUUCAAAUCCGACUUCAAGCCAAACACUAUAACUGGUAUUAUGACUGUGGUAAUGCAAAGCAUUUUACGAUCUUCCCAUACUCACCAAGAGAAUAUUAUGGAAGUUUUGGGCAAAUUGAAAGAACUAUCAUACAUUGGGACAGUGGAACAACGUGUUCUAUUUACAGAAAAUGAUUUUCGUCAAGUUAAUCUAAACCCGGAAGAAGCAACCGAUCUAGCCAUCCUAGCUCCUGGAGGAAUAUAUCGUAAACUUCUUCAAGGAAUACACCUUCUAUACUUUCAACAUCAAAGUAUUCAAGAAAUGCUUACAUCUUUCUAUAUUCUUGGACUGGAUUUAAAAUCUUUUGACCAGUUCGUAGAUAAACAUCUCCAUACCGGUCACUUUGUUCUCAUCAGAAAAAUGAUGUGUGGACUUUUAUUAAAUCCAACAGUUUAUGAAGCAGCCGGAGUUUUACUUGGAGAUAUCAAGGAUCUAAAGGAAAAACGAGAUAUUCUCAAGAAAAGUUUGCAAUUGCACCUCGAGGUUCUAUUCAUAUCAAUAGCCGACGAAUCACAAUCCAAAUCAGAUCUUUUGGAAUUUUUCACUGCAUUAAACGAAGCCAAGGAUGGAAUGAGUGACAUUGUCAAAUCAUUUCUUGGUGAAAUUGACAUGAUUUGGCAUCCUCUCUCCAUCAGUGAUGCUCAUGUCAUUGGAUCAGUAGCUUCCUACUGUACAUCACUAUUAAUAUAUUUCAAUGGAUGUAAUCUCAAGUCAGCCUCACUUCAAACUCUGGCAUCUGGAUUAAAAGGAUCAAAUGUGAAGAUCACACGGUUGCGGCUGGGAGGCAACACAAACAUGGGAGUUGAAGGUUUAUCAUCAGUUGGACAAAUACUUUCCAAUCAAUCCUGUGUUGACAGUUUGGACUUUGGCAGAUGUAACCUGUCAUCAGAUCAACUACAAGCCUUCAGAUCAUCGUUGGGAAAUAACACAGAGAUCAAAGAUUUGUGGCUGAGUGGAAACACGAACAUGGGAGUUAAAGGUUUAUCAUCAGUUGGACAAAUACUUUCCAAUCAAUCCUGUGUUGAAAGCUUGCUCCUUGGCAGAUGUAACCUGUCAUCGGAUCAAUUACAAGCUUUCAAAUUAUCGUUGGGAAUUAACACAGAGAUUGAAGAUUUGGAUCUGAGUGAAGAGCGUGAGCGUAUUGCAAACCAUGACGAUAUUGUUGCAAUUGCAAAUCUGCUUCCUAGCGUUACAGAGAGCUUGUGGUUGGUUGGAUGGAACAUUGCGGAUGAAGAUGAAAAAAUAUUACAGAAUCAAUUGGAUGAAAUUGGAUCUGAGAAACUAAAGAUUAAGCUGGGUGGAAGAAAAACACUCGAAAGUCAAAGAAAACCUGCAGAUAAAGCAACUAAUGUAACUCUCAAAAAAAAUCCAACUUUGUCUUCAGAAUCAGAAUUUGGGGCCACAUCACGACUCAGCAAUUCAGAGAGUACUGAAGAAAAUGUGGAGAUUUCCAAAGAAGCUAAAAGCCCAAGAAGUGAACUCCUGAUGACUGAAAAAGAAGCAGAACAAUCAGAUAAAGAAGUAACUGAGCAAGAUGCAAAGCUAACCCAGCAUAGUGAUACUUCAUCUAGAACUGCUGGUGUGAAGAGAAGAAGAACUUCAGAUGGAGAUUCUGGUAGUAGUCCAAGAAGCAAAAUCCCUACAACUGAAGUUGAAGAAAUUCAACAAAAAAAUGAACUAAGUCUAUAUGAUGCACAGCCCUACUACCCCCCUGCUUCAUAUUCAACAUCGUCUCAAAUUGAAAACGCUCCAUCUCGAAGAAGUGACAAACCUGAAGAAAAUUAUGAACAGCAAAAAGGUCUUCUGAAAAGUGAUAUUCAAGAUGCAAGAGUCACAUACGACCUUGUUGAGGUGCUUUACAAACAUCGAGAUGACAAAAAAGAGGUGAUUUGUGAGGCCAUAAAAGAUAUAUCAAUAAAACGUUACAACUUGAAUGAUGCGAAUAUUGAGGUCUUUCUCACCACAAUCUCAAAAUUAGAUAAUCUUGAAAUGCUGAAUGUACAGAAUUGUGGAACAUCUAAAUAUCUCAACAAAUUUUUUGAAAAAUUGGAAGGGACAAACUGCAAGAUUGCAAAAAUAAGUAUUGGGGAAAUGAAAAACCUGAAAAUUUAUUCACAAUCCUUGCUGAAGCUUUUGGCAAAAUCUGAAACAGAAUCACUGAAGAUUCAGGCAGCUGAGCUUGAAGAUGAAGAUGUGGAUCAGUUACUUGAAGAUAUAAAAAGCUUGAAUUCAAAAUUUUCACUCAGUGUAUUGUCUGUGAGUCACAACACCAAAAUGGGAAUGGAAGGAUUUCACAAGUUUGGUGAAAUUAUUCAUAUAUUACCUGUGAAAACAAUCAAUUUGUUUGAUUGUGACUUAACUGACGACAAGCUCUCAAAUUUGUUUGGUGUUUUGAAGAAUAAACAGAUAUCAACUCUAGAUGUAAGUGGGAACACCAAAAUCACGAAGGAAGGAUUCAAGAUUAUUGGACAAAUGUCUGCAAAUUCUCAGUUGAGAAAUUUACAUGUGAGAUGCUGUGAAUUGGAUGAAGCAAAACUAAAGAGCUUGCAAAGUUCAUGCAACAGCAAUACAAAAAUAUCAAAACUUGACGUCAGCUACAAUACAACUCUUGGUUCUGAAGGAAUGGCCGAACUUGGUAGAACAGUGGUCAACUUCAAAGUUGAAAAUCUGAACGUAGCAGGUUGUGCAUUAAAUAAGAAACUCAUGGAAGAGUUCAGAGUAUCAAUUGAGAAAGAGAAAAUUAUGGUUGAAGAAUUGAAUAUAUCACAAAAUCGUAAGCUUCAAAACGGAAUUGUUGAUGUAGCUCGUCUGCUGGAAAGUUGUUGCAUGAAGAAAGUCGAUAUGAGCAAUUGCAUGCUUUCUGUAGAAAAUAUUCGUGAAUUUAGCUCAACAUUGAAAGAAAAGUAUAACCAGGUUGAGACACUGAAUAUAAGUGAAAAUGCUCCGACUUUCAUUGUAACACGACGUCACGCUGAAGCAGUCUGUGAACUUCUACGAAAUGUCUCAAAAGAGCUGAUUUUUAAAAUCAAAUCUAUUAAACCUCAAGUCAAAAGGAUUUUGCAACAUAGAUUGGAUACACUUCCAAAAGAAAAGGAAACAAAAGUUAUACUUGGGAAUGGCGAUAUUUUGAAACCUAAGGAUAGACAAGCACAACCUACUACUACAUGAUUAAAAUAAAUUAUUUUCGAGAAAGUGUGAAAAGGGCUCAGUCUUUCAGCAUGCAUUCCUCAUUUUAAUUUUAGCAACCUUUAAACAUAUUCUUUUGCAACUUGCUAUGUAUUCUUUCAAUUUGUCUGACCAAGAAGUCAAGGUCAUCAUUAUUAAGGAACUGAAAUUUGAAAAUUUUGUGGGAGAUAAUCCAGAUAUUUUUUUGUUAUAUUGAAACAUUGAAGAGAAUUAUUAUAAUGCAGUAAUUUGAAAUAACAAGUUUUUAAUUAUAGUUUUUAGUAUUAAGAGGGAGUUCAAAUCAUUUCCAUUAGUUCAAAUGUUCAUUUUCAAACUCGGUUUCAUUUGUAAUUCUGUACGAUAUCUUUUAUCCUGGUGUUUGUGAAUAUAUUUUUACUGGCAAUGUAAGUAUCAAUCCUUAGAUAGCAAAGUUGCUUAUAUCUAUUUCAGUAUGCUCAUUAUAUAUUUUUUCCCACAAGAUAUUCAAUAUUUAAAAUAGAUUAAACUAGAAUUUUGACGCUCCAGGAGUAUUCGUACCUGGGCAUUUUUCCUUAUAAUACUUUGCCUUAUUUAAUCCCCACAUUGGUACGAAUACGGUACUCCGGAAAUAUUCAUACCAUGUUUUUCCUGGAUUUCCUCUUCGCUUUCGACAUGUACAUUGAGAAAAUCACCUUGUAUUCUAUGUAAGAAAAUUUUUUACUUUACAAAGAAAUUAAUACAAACACUUUUUAAUGUUUUUCAAUUAAAAUGAUCAAAAAUUGCAAGGAGAUUUUUUUCUUAAUUUCCAAUUAUAGUCCAAGUCGAUUUAUUGAAAAGGCCCCCAAAUGUAGUCACUCAUUGUACUGUAAUUGGUUGGAACGUUCACAAUCAAAUUAUGACGCUAUAGUGUGUGAAAAAAGCAAAAUUUUUAACGCAACAUUGACAUCAAUAUUUAGCUGCGACCGCCGAAAAAUUCAGUUUUGUUUGGUCCUUUUUUGCCUAAAGACAGUGGAAUUCAGCAGAUAGUAGAGUCACACAAUCUUACCGUACAACAGCCCCAAAUGAUAUUUCCAGCAUCACAUGGCAAUAUCACAUGGGAACCUUUCAAUUUUACAAUUAAAAUUUGCCUUUUCACCCACUAUUGCAACAUAAUUGGUUUAUAAACGUCCAUUACCAAUCACAGUACAAUGAGUGACCGAUGGUUACUACCAAUCCGUUUUUUUUUAUCAAGUUAGGUCAUUUUAAGCUAAAAAGUUAUUAAAAUGAGUUAAUUUUAAGAUUUCUCACAUAGAAUGCAAAGAGGAUAUCUCUGGAUUUUUUUUCAGAAACUGGAGAGAUUUUCCCAGAAUAUUUUUUUGUGAUAUAAAAGACCGUAAAACUUUCAGUAUAACACAGUAUGGUAUUUUUUAGUGUUUUUAAUAUCCAGUGGUAUACUGAAAGUUUUACGGUCUUUAAUAUCACAAAAAAAAAAUAUUCUGGGGAAAUCCCUCCAGUUUCUGAAAAAAAAAAAAUUUGUAAAAAAAUUGGGUUUUGGGCCGUGAUUAAUCGGAACAUAAUAAUGAGAAAUCGGAAACAAAAUGAGUGUUACAGAGUGUUAUCAGUCCUAGGUAUUCUACAGAACUUGUGAGUUUCAUAAAUUUCUAGGACGCUAAUUUAUGUUUUUGAUGAAACAAGCUCAAAUCAAAAAUUAUGAUUAUGUGGUACCUGUGCCUUGACUUCCCACCUUGUAUAUUUUUAUAUUUUGUAUGCAUGACAUAUUUUGGACAUAAUAAUCCUUCUGAAGAUUUUGAACUGUGUACUAGUGAGAAAUUGCGAUGCAUGUUUUGUUACUUACUCUAUAUUCAAACUUCAUUUUAAUAAUUCUGAUCAUUUGCAUUGUAUAUAUGUUAGAUUGCCUUAUUAAUUUCAGCUUUUGGUAUCCACGGUAAUUUACGUUUAAUUCCAUCUAAUCUUUCUUGAUUUCUUCAAUAUGUUUGCAAAUGAAAAAUUGUGCCUAGUGAAUUUGUCACUCUUCAAUCCAGUAACAAUGAUAGAUGAGAACAAUCCGUUCUAGCAUGAUUUGUCUGCUAUGAGUCAGUGAAAUUGUGAAUCUUUAUUGAAAUUGGCUAAUGCAAUGGAAAUACUUGGAUGAAAAUGUACCUGACUAAAUUCUUACAUCAUCCAAAAUAGAUUUUAUGACAAAUUAUAAGCAUGCUACAAAACCUGUCAGAUUCAUAUGUUUUUUUUAUACAAUUUGAUUUUUUCCCGUAUAUCCAGAAUUUGGCCAUCUUGUUGAAAUUAAUUUGUAAAGUAUGAUUUUAAAAUACAAAUCUUUGUCAUUUUUUAGAUAUAGCAUAAUAGCUGUAUUGAUCAAUUUUGCGAAAUGUAAACAAUAUUAUUUGUAAUGGCUGAGAAUCGGGGAAAUUCUAGAAGGCAGGUGGAGUACACAUGGAAUGCAAGUCGCUUUGAGUCAGAUCUUGUCUAUCAUUAUGUGACAUUUUUACAAGAAGAGCAAACUAGACACAGUGUCCUAUUUGAUUAUUCGAUUCGUGAAAUAAUGGAAAUGCGAUUUCGGAUUGAAGAACGUCGUGAAGUGCAUGGUACAAACAAUGGCGGACACCUGCACAGUAGAAUUUCUACUGCAUUUUGUAUUGAGUUACUUCAAAAAGUGACACAUUGCUUAAAGUACAUGCAUGAUACACCCAUUAACCCUUCAUAUGUUUAUUUGUCUAAAGACAAAAAGCAGUUCGCUAUUGCAAGUCCUGCGUCUCUGUCCAACAUUGACAGCCUGAAACACUUUGCAAUAUUUGCACUUUAUCUCCUUUCUAAUGGUCGUGUAUCUGAUGAUACUUCUCCAAAUGACGAAACAUUCAAUGGACUAAGAGAAAUGUGUGAACAAGGGCAAAGAGUGAAUGCGUCUACUUUAUUAUCUAUUUUAAUAACAGAAAAAAACGAAGAAAAUCGCGCAGAAACAAAUGUAGAACAAGGAAAUAUUUCUCUUGAACAAAUUGAAAACUUGACCGGGUUUUUGUGCUGCAAAGAACCGAUUUUAGCUUUUGAUUUAGUGACUAAAAUGUAUGAUGGAGAGUAUAAAAUGGAGCACAAUGGUAAUGAGUACAUUGACUAUGAAGAAAUUUUACAUCAUCCAUUUUUUUGGUCAGAGCCAAAAAAGUGUCAGUUUAUAUGUGCUGUUUUUGACUAUUUCAAGAUGAAAAAUGGAUUUGGAACAGGGUAUGAAAGGGCAUAUGAUGUCAAGUUAUGUACACAAUAUAAAAUGUCUGGUGAAUUCGUAUUCUCUGAAUACGGAUGGAUUAAUUCUCUCCAGAUACCUAAUGGUGAAUUGUGCGAAUUGAAUGAAGAGGAAGAAAUUAUCCUUCCUACAACAAUCCAAAAAGUAGCCAUAAACAACAACCACAACGACCAAAGGCAUUCUUUGUAUGAUUUUAUGCGUUUCUUUCGCAACCGCUACACUCACUUUUUAGAAGACGACGAGAAUGUUAGGCAUGUGUUUAAAAAUAGCUCAACUGGAUUUUGGAAUUUCUUUGCUUCCAAGUAUUCUUGCUUUCUCUAUUACAUUUACUCAAAAAUGUGGCCGGAAGUAGAAGGGGUUCCAGAGUUCAGAUGUUUUAGUGAAAGUGCUCCAGAGUCAACUUAUAUGUGUGCAAAGUACAGUGCUGACACAUAAACUAAUUAUUUCUUAUUUGCUACAGAUCUUAAAAAUAUAUAUAAUUGAAGACAUGCCUUAAUAUGUCCUUUUGUCAUAUAUCAAUAGAACAAAUUAUGAAAAUGUUGUAAAUGAUUUCAUAAGCUUGGCUUAUUUUUGUUUCAAAUCGAAGAUGUAUUUUAAGAGUUUUAUACAAUUCAUUAAAAUUGAAUUUGUUCAUUUUCAAUAUAUGAACAGAGCGUCUAAUUCACAAUUAUAGGUGUUUUUAUGCAAGGCUUUUAGUGAACAGUCUCAUGUCUUCCUAAGACUGAUUUGAAGACUUUCUAGGUCCAAAUUAUUUACUGCGUAUAUUGUUUUUUUUUGUGAUGGUUCCCAACGGUUAGCACAAUGUGCCAAAUGUCGUGUUUUCUUCAUGACUUCACAUAUUUCCCUAACUUUUAAAAAAAAUAGAAAUAAUAAAAAAUUUCGUUCUCUAAAUUUUCGAAAUAUAAGAAAAAAUUAAAAAUAACAACCUGAUUUAUUCACAGUUUAAUGUUGAUAGCAAUCUUUGACUGAAUAAAACAAUUCAAGAAUCUUAACGCUUACAGACUAGUUGAGUGCAUAUUAUCUCGCAUUUUCUCCCCUUGAUUGAGACUUUUGAGUAUGACAUUGUGGAUAACACACCCUUUAAAUUGGUUAAUUUCAUGCAAACCUGCAUUCGCAAUCAGUUUCAUUUUUUUUCAUGUAUCAAGCGAACCAUGAUGAAAAUUCAUUAUUGAAAUUGUCAUUGAUUCUACAAUACCUUUUAUUUGGUAUGUUAUUUCGAUUUUUGUGAAAGUGAAAUAUAUAUUUCAUUAAAGAAUUUAUGCAUUCAUGAUACAAAAUGGCAUUGGCAACAUACAGCCCAACAUAUACCGUGCUGCAUAAUCUGUUAGGUCUCUCUAUUCCAAACUUGUUUAUUUGCCAUUUUUUUAAAGCUUUUUUUGAAUUUUGUGUGAUAUUUUGUUUAAUCGUAGUAAAAUCUGUUUAAAUAAUCA